ACGUGCUGUUCAGCAUGAUAUUCGAAUAACAUUUCACUAGUCUAUCCUAGAUGAUGGGACAUCAGCUGGAAAACUAAUAGCUGAAGUCAGGUUACCUUCCAUUCAGAAGGCUGUCGCAUGCAGCGCCUGUACAUUGAGUAUUCAGUCAACUGUGGAAGAAGCCCGACUAACAGGCAUUGCAUGCAUUGAUCAAAAAUGAUAGUGCACUGAGAAUGGCUAAUUUCUAGCUGAAAUCUAGAUCUGUCGGUAAAAUCUAAAAAUAGGAACUGCAAAUCAGUGUAGAGGGCCACUAUGAUUCAGCUGGAUGCACCGGAUCCCUUGAGAACACCUUUGCUGUCAGUUGCUGCUCGUACCGGCAAUAUCAAUGCUGUCAGUAAACUGCUCAAAGAUGGACGAAGGGCAGAUAAUGUUGAUAACCGUGGCUGGACAGCACUGCAUGAAGCAGCCGCAGCAGGACAUGUUGAGUGUGCUGUACUGUUGCUGAGUCAUGAUGGAGACAUUAAGGAUUUAAGAACUUAUGAAGGAGAAACACCACUUUUCUUGUCUGUUAAUCCAGAAUCUAAACUUGUUGUAAUGAAAAUUCUUUUGAAUCACUCAGCAAAUGUGAAUCUUGGCAACAAUGAAGAGUUCACACCAUUACAUAAAGUAUCUUCCUUUGAUACAGAGUGGUGCCUUCCUGUUGAACCAAUGGGGAACACAUGUGAUGUGUUACGACAGCAAAAGGAACCUGUGAUCAUUGAAGCAUGUGAACUUGAUUCAUUAGAAUGUGCCCAGCUGCUUUUAGAGUAUGGAGCAGACAUCAAUGCUGCAGAUGCUGAUGGCAAUCGGCCUAUUCAUGAAGCCAUCAACAAGAGGUCUGUAGAAAUGGUGAAUUUGUUGCUGAGAUAUGAAGCGGACCUGAAAGUAAAAAAUUCAGAUGGACUCACACCUCUCAUGCGUGCUGCCUACAUUGGCUUUAAUGAGAUCAUUGAAAAAUUGGAUAAGCCUGAACUACACAUUGUAAAUGAGAGAGCGUCGUCAGGACGCACAGCACUGAUGAUGGCUACUCAAGCAGGCUGUUUACAAACGACCAGAAUCCUUCUAGAGAUGGGUGCAGAUGCCAACAUCGUGUGUGGCGAUACGACAGCACUGCAUAUGGCUGCACAUGGUGAUGAUCCAAGACUUGUUGAAUGCCUUAUACCUGUGACAGAUUUGAAAAUAGUGGCAGCAUGCUCAAGUAUUAGUCCGAUAAUGUUGGCAGUUGAUAGCAUGCAAGUGAAAUCGAUUGAACUACUGUUGGAAUGGAUGAAAGACAAUCCAUAUAUGCUACAGAAGUUCAUUGAAUGCGAAAGUGAGACGCUAGGACUAGAGUACAGAGCGACGGGUGCUAUCUCCUACCUACUCUACCACAAGUCUGAGCUACCGGAAGCAUUGGCUGUGCUGAUACUGCUUCUUCAAUAUGGGCUUCCAGUAAAUGUCAGCUACGCAUUUGAAGCUCCACCAUUAGUAGCAAUUGCUACUUCAUCAGCACCUAAAGAAGUAAAGAGACUGUUUGUUCAGAUUCUUUUAGACCAUGGUGCUGAUGCUGACCAUCCUGUUCCUUGGCGUCAGCGUACACCUGUGCCAGCAGCCUUGUAUUAUGCAUGUCUUAUUAACCCAGAUGAAAAGUGGUUGAUCAGGUUGCUGAUGUCUGCAUGCAGAAAAUGUGACCCUGAUACGUUGCUGUCUGCAAUCUAUGAUGCAGAACUAGAAGAAGGACACCAACGUUCUUCAAAACCUGCACUUCAAAAUAUGUUGGAUGUAGUUCUUGAACUUGGUUUCUCAAACAGUGUUAUCAUGUCACAGAUUUGGAGGAAAUGUAGAAGAUCAGGUCUCACUGGAGAAAGUCAGCAAAACCUGGAAGAGGAAACAUCAGAAAACUACUUGAGUGUUCCGGAAGUAUUAGCGCCAAGUUCACUUUCAAAGCUCUGCCGUAUUGUAAUUCGUAGACAUUACUGUCUGUCAAGCCUGGAGAAAUAUGAGUUACCUAAAGUCAUAAAUGAUUUCCUGAAUUACGUGUUCUAAUGUUGGGCCCUCUUACGAAAAUAUUAUUUAUUUGAUGUGAAAAAAAUUCAUUAUGAUAGUGUAUUAUGUUACACAACAUAUGCUCCAUAUUGUGAUAGUGAAAAUUGGUGUUCAAAAUCUUAGACAGUGUAUCAUUACAGUUACCUUAAUGCUAUAUUUCCAUUCUUCUUUUAUGCAGAUUUGAAAAUAGGACUUCUUAUAAUCAUGAGAUAUGAUAAGUCGUAUAGCAACACUAUUUUACUGUAUGAAAUAAAUAACAUGCAGAUAUCUGUAUGUCCUUUAUAUCACCAUCAUGAGGUUAUAAAAAUUCAUAAAUUAUUAUGUAUCAUAUUAUAUCAUAUCAUGUCAUGUCAUGUCUUAUAAAUAUGGCAAUGACGUGGCAUGAUAUAUAAGAGAGUUAUUAACUGAAACCAGUAGUGAUAAUAAAGGACUUAUAGACAACUCCCUAUCAUGCAUUUUAUUAAAUACAUAGCAGCUGUUGGCAGUCACCUUCAAAAAGUGUUUAACUAUUUUGUUACUAAUAAAGUUACUCGUAACCCUGAAAUUUUAAUUCAGCGAGUAUAUUUGAUCAAAAAUAAUCUUAAACUACAUAUUUUGUGCAUAUAUCUGUUUUGAAUCAUCAAGUUAUUAAAUGAAAAGUUAAGAGGCUACUAGUUCUUUUCAUAUGCCAGAGGAAGAUUGUGUGAACUGCUAACAUUAU